AUGGACCUACCAGAGAGCCGGGCGGGUGGCCCCACUACAGAAAUGUACCUCUGGGACCAGCCGGAUGAGGGGCUUUUGGGGACACCGCUCAGCUUAGAGGAGCAAAUACUCAACUCCACGUUCGAAGCUUGUGACCCCCAGAGGACAGGCUUUGUGGCUGUGACCCACGUACUAGCCUACCUGGAGGCUGUGACAGGACAGGGCCCCCAGGAUGCACGCCUCCAAACACUGGCCUGCAGCCUGGAUCCCAAUGGGAAGGGCCCUGAGGCCACCGUGGACUUGGAUACCUUCCUAGUCGUCAUGCGGGACUGGAUUGCUGCCUGUCAGCUGGAUGGAAGAUUAGAGCUGGAAGAGGAGACCACCUUCAAGGGGGCCCCGACCUCCCAGCGACUGCCAUCUGGAUGCCUAGACACCGAGGAGCCAGACAACCUGGAGAGCUUCGGCGGCGAAGACCCCAGACCUGAGCCGCCCGGCACAGCCGACCUGCUGAGCACCCUGGAGGACCUGGAGCUCAAUAACCGCAGGUUGGCCGGGGAGAAUGCCAAACUGCAGCGCAGCGUGGAGACGGCUGAGGAGGGGUCUGCACGCCUCGGGGAGGAGAUCUUGGCCCUGCGCAAGCAGCUCCGCAGUACCCAGCAGGCUCUGCAGUUCGCCAAGGUCGUGGAUGAGGAACUGGAGGACCUGAAGAGUCUGGCCAAGAGCCUGGAGGAACAGAACCGCAGUCUCCUGGCCCACGCCCGGCAUACCGAAAAGGAGCAGCAGCAUCUAGUGGCUGAGCUGGAGACUCUGCAGGAGGAGAAUGGGCGGCUGCUGGCUGAGCGCGAUGGAGUGAAGAGGAGGACUGAGGAGCUGGCCUUGGAGAAGGAUGCUUUAAAGCGGCAGCUGUAUGAGUGUGAACACCUCAUUUGCCAACGAGACGCCGACCUAUCUGAGCGCACUUGCCACGCAGAGAGUCUGGCCAAGACCUUGGAAGAGUACAGAACAACAACCCAGGAACUGAGGCUAGAAAUCUCACACCUGGAGGAGCAACUGAGUCAGAUCCAUAAGGGGCAGGAUGAGCCACCCAAAGGGGCUCAGGCGAGACAAGAGGACUGGACCAAGCUGCUGCCUCCAUCACUGGGCAUGGAGAUCCAGGCCAUUUGGCAGAAACAAGAAGAGGCGGCCACUGACCUCUCCAGCCCUCUGUGUGGAGUGUGGCAGUGGGAGGAGGGCCUCUGUGAGAGCGAUGGGGAAGCCGAGGGACAGAGAAACUUCCAGGGAGGGCCAGCAUACCCUCAUGAAGGAAGGAAGGAGCAAUCGAUGUGGUUUCCCAGAAGAGAGGAAGAGGAGGAAGCAGAGACCCCGGUCAUGGCUGAUCUCUCUGUCCCUCUGGGAGACCCUCACCACGGAGACAUUCCAAGAGGCCCUCCUGAGAGCCCCGCCCAGCCGGGCCUGCAGCAAGCCCUGGUGCCUGUGGAGAAGAAGCUGGUCCCUGUCAGGAGGCCAGUCUGGGGCCAGCUCUGCCUGUGCCCCCUGCACCCCCAGCGACGCAGGGCCACUCAGCACCCGCUGACCCCGGCCCCUGUCCUGGGCCUCCUGCUGCUGCUGCUGCUCUCCCUCCUGCUGCUGGGCCAGUCCCCGCCCCCCACCUGGCCCCACCUCCAGCUCUGCUACCUCCGGCCACCUCCCUUGUGA